AUGGCAGCAGAGGACUCAGAGGUGCCAUCAGACUCAUCUCUUCUGAGCAGCAUCAGUGAAGCCAGGCAGCUGGUAGACACAGCAUAUUUACGUGCCCGAAAAAGCUUAAAGAGAAAACUAAAGGGGAAGGCUGUCAACCCAAUGGAUUUCCUGAAGCACUUAAAGGACCCAGUAGGAAGAACCAGAUCUGCAGUCCGUGCUGGUGAUUACUUGGAAACUACUUUGAAACUCCUCAGUAUGAAGCUGCAUCUCUCUGGGAGACGGAGAUUUAACGUUACAGACCUACUAGACAGAAGACAGAAGGACAUGAUUUCCAAAGAAACUGGCUGUGACUAUCAGGUUCGUUCCAUUAAGUGCCCAGACAAUGACAUCUACCGGACCAUUACUGGGGAGUGCAACAACAGGGAGCAUUCCCAGCUGGGCUCCUCCAACGGCGCGUUCGCUCGCUGGCUCCCUGCAGAGUAUGAGGAUGGGGUGUCUGUGCCCCGAGGAGCCACUGGAGGAAAGCUCUACAACGGAUUCCCACUCCCCCUGGUUCGAAAAGUGUCAAAUGAAAUUGCUCACACAGCCAAUGAGAACAUCACUCCAGACCAAGAGCUCUCCCUUGUCUUCAUGCACUGGGGCCAGUGGGUCAACCACGACAUAGAUUUAGCCCCUUCCAGCGCCGCAGGACCGAACCCAGAACUUCAGUGUGAGACCAGUUGUGCCUUCAAGCCCCCUUGCUUCCCAAUUAAGUUCCCCCCCGAUGACCCCCGGAUGCCGAGGUCCAACUCUUGCAUGCCCUUCAUCCAGUCGGCGGCCGCGUGCAACCCCGGGUUGUUCACCCGCGAGCAGAUCAACGCCGUCAGCUCCUUCAUCGACGCCAGCACCGUGUAUGGCAGCGAGGACUCCCUGGCAAGGAGCAUCAGAAACCAGACAAACCCGCUGGGCUUGAUGGCUGUGAACCAGAAUUUUACUGACGCGGGGCUGGAUUUGUUGCCCUUUGAGGACAAUACGAGAAGUGUUUGUGUGCUCACCAACGAAACCAUGAGCGUCCCCUGUUUCAAAGCAG